CUGACUUUAAAAGUUCACCUCCCCCUGCUAUGGAGUCUGAAAACGGGGUUGUCUUGGAGCAUGGAAAUGAUGUAAUGGAGAAAACUACCCCAGGGGAAGGUUGCGCUCUUAAUGUAAAUAAAGAGAACGAGAAUGCGGACAACGGUGCAGAUAUUUUGCAAAAAAAUGGCCUUUCUGAAGAUUUAUUUGAAGUUGAAGGUCUUGAUUCUUCUGGUGCUGAGGCUAACGCUGCCACAGUUGUGGCUGGAGGCAAUUGCUCGAAUUCUUCUAAGAAACCUGGAUCUGGUCUCAAAAAUGGUCUGAAAAACAAUAAAAUGCCCAAGGAUCAAGCGAACAGGAAGGGUCUGACAACAGUUUCUCGGACCCAGAGACCAAGCCUUUCUCAGAGUCUUUCAUUCCUAUCAAGGGGAAUCCUCGCCAACAGUUUGAAGAAGAGCAUAGAUUGCAAGCCAGUGAAAACCAUUGCAAAGCAUACCCUAGCAAAUGGCUCAGAAACUGUGGUACAGGGCAUUACAACUUCUCGUCAGAAUUUUCCCAACAGGCGAGCUUCCACUGGUGUGAGUUUCGUGGAUGCAAACCCAAGUAGCAAUAGGCCUUCUGUGAGGCGGUCCACUUUAGUGUCGGUGCCUAGCAUUCCACGAUCGCUGAGUGGGAAGUCCAGUUUGGUGAAUAAAUCCUACAUCGAUACACCACCAUCCAAAGCCUCUCAAUCGCAUGAUCAAAACUCAAAGCUGAUGAUAAAAGUGCUGCCUGUUAAAGAUGAUGAGGUUGCGGGAUCAAGUAGCUCCAGCACACCUCGUGAACAACGGAGGAUCAGUAGUUCGGGAUUUAACUUCAGGUUGGAUGAGCGUGCUGAGAAAAGGAAAGAGUUCUUUUCGAAGCUAGAAGAAAAGAUUUACGCAAAGGAAGCGGAAAGAACCAACUUGCAGGCCAAAACAAAGGAGAGUCAGGAAGCAGAGAUCAAGGAACUUAGGAAGAGCUUGACAUUUAAAGCUACACCAAUACCAAGUUUCUAUAAAGAACCUCCUCCAAGGAUUGAACUGAAGAAGAUACCAUCAACACGUGCAAUUUCACCAAAGCUUGGAAGACACAAGAGCUCCAAUACUGCUGCAGAAAAUUUCCCGGAAGCUGGUGGGUCUUGUCGGAGCCCACAUAAAAGCCUGGACCACAACAAGGUAACUAAAGGAGCCAAGGAAAACAGCAGCGGAGAUUCUAUUACUUCAAAGAAGCCUCUUAGAAAAUCCCUCUCUAAGCUCUUGUCUCAGAAAUCUAUGAAAUCUUCAGAAAAGCCUCUCAUGUCAAAAACAAAAACUACAGAAGUAGGAUAUGUCAACCAGAAUGAAGAAACCCAAGAAAACCAAUACAAAUCUGUGAACUCCUUUGAGGCUGAAGCGAGGACUGAGCCAGUGUGUGUUAGGAACCCGAUAGAGAAAGAUGAGAUAAUUAACUUACCAGAUCCCAAAAGUACUUCUGAAGAAGUUGAUGUCAAAGGUUAAAGGUGUAAUCUCUGUUCUGAUUCUAUGUUGUGCAGAAGGAAUUUCCCUAGGUGUUUGUGUAUAGUAAGGGUAUGUCAUUCUAGACAUUGUUGUUUCUUGACAGAUUAAAGUAAAUACAGUCAGGUGUUUUGUUU